UUUUUCCUCAGUUCUAGAGUCUCAGUGUGGAGAUCAGUGGGGAUCUAACCUAAAAAAUAAAGUAAACAAUUGACAGAAUAAAUAAAAAUUGACAUUUAUAAAUAAAUUAAUUUUAUUCUUAAUUAAAAUAUUUAUUUUUUAAAUUAAAAUAAUGACGGAAGAAAAAAUUGGAUCUUUAGCUGAGGAAGCUCUUAAACGAAAACAGAGAUUAGCUGAAUUAAAACGAAAAAAUGAAGAGAAACAAGAAAAUCCUAAUACAGUCUGCAAUUUACCCAAACCGAAAUUCCGAAGUUACAAACCUCAAGAUGAAAAUUUAAAAGAAAACGUCCUCGAAGAUGCUAAACCAGGUGACGUCGAAUCAGAAGUCCAAGAUUUAUUGUCUGCUGCUCAGUCCAAAGUCAUCAUUGAAGAACUCGACAUUGCGAGCUUGGCUCCCCGGAAACCUGAUUGGGAUCUGAAACGUGACGUGUCUAAAAAAAUAGAAAAAUUAGAACGUCAGUCACAGAAGGCCAUCGCUGAGUUAAUUCUCGAGCGUUUGAAAGAAGGAAAGGCGAAGAAUUUACCAGAGUUAGUGAAAAUGAGUUGAGAAAAACGUGAUAAUUGUAUAAAUCGAAAGUUUUACCUGAUGUAUAAUAAAAUUUAUAAUUUUUAUAUUCGAUAUUAUUAUUAUUUAUAACUUAAAAGUAAUUAAUUAUUUAAUAAAUCAUGUUUAAAUAUCACAUUUAAAAUUUAUUCUCAUCUAUUUACAGUCGUACUCUUAAUUAUUUAAUUGUUUAUUUAAAAGUCAUGUUCUCACUCGUUUAAAUAAU